CACAGUAUAGGAUGUCAGCGAUGUGCAAGUAUAAAGGGGACAACAAAUCACAGUCCCCUCCCCUCCCCUCCCUCUCUGUCCAUCGAAGUACAGACCACAUACACACCCAUGAAGGAAGCUAUGAAUGGGGCAGUCAAUGUGCGAAAACGAAUUUGCGGCACACAAAAGGCUCCUCAGUCCGCCCACACACAUGGACGGACGGACGGACACGGUCGUCGUCUUUUGGCUAAGCAUGGGUAUGUGCGGUGCGCCAGUGCCUGGCCGUGUGAUGAUAUGAAGUGCAGUGCUAAAAGCACACCUGCCCCAUUCACAAACACAUAAUUAAUACAGACAGACAGACAGACGGAGGGGUAGCGCAGCACAUGUGGCAGCAUCCAUCCAUCCAUCACCCAUUACUUACUCAUCCACACACUUCAUGCACAUGCCCCGCCUGCAGUGCCACCCGGCCCCUGCACACGAAUUUCUCUCUGCCUUGCCCCUCCCCCCUCUCCCUGUCCCUCACGCUCCGCCAAGCCUGUAUGCCUCCAGCUCGGCAAGCUCGAAUUGCCAACCCUUGAUCGACACAGGGUACCAAAACGGGUAAUCUCUGUGGUCGCCAGAACAGUAAUAGUCCCAGGAAUGGACGCUAGGGCGGUCCCACUGAUGCCAGUCGGCGGGCUCGCACUUGUGCGUGGUGUUGCCCUGGCAGCUCUUGAGCGUUUCGUCACUUGCUGGCGGCGCGGUCUGCCAUUGAUCGGCUCGUCGGGUGCCAAAAUCGAAGGUGCCUGCCGCGCGCAGGACGGCUGACAGGUCUCUGGUAUAACGAUCGCGUUCGCGAUUCUCAGGAGCCCGGGGGUCAAAGAUGUCCUCCACCACGACCUUCUCUUGUACAGACACACAUCAGGACGCAUUAUCAUGGCUGCCUUGCUCAUGCCUGCAACUCACCUGUGUGCCCGCGAUGUUUAGCUUGUCGGCCCAGCCCAGCGCGCCCACGUAUGGGUGGCUCUCGGUGCCCUGCAGCUUGAAGGCGUGUGAUUUGAUGCCGGGGCGGCUCGCGGCCGGCCCCGUGACCUCGAUGGGCCCCUCGAUGAGGCUGGCGAAGAGCUCAUUGCUGUCGGCCACUUUGAAGAUGAUCAGCAGAGGGGAGUGGCCCUUGACGGCAUAGAGCAAAUGCAACCACCUCCAGCCAUCCAUAGUCGCCCUGCCACGACACACACACACAUCAAGACACAUGGGCAUGAUGCUCACGACUGUCUGGCCUGCCCUUCUCACUUGUAUAUGCGGAUGACCGGCUCGCCCACACACGGAGGGAUGGCGGGGGCCUCAGAGUACUUCUCACACCACUGCCGCAUCUUCUGCAGGUGCUCAUUCUCGAGAAGACCGUCGACGGGACCCAUGUAUCGAACGUCAUGCAAACCGUACCUGACACACACACACACACACACCAAUCCUCGAAUGAAAUUGUCCACGUCUUCUCGAUGCCCUACAUGGUGAGUGCGUGUCGGAAUCCUUUGAUGUCGGACUCGCCCACCGCCCUCUGCACAUCGAGGGCUUUGACAGUCGUCCGCUUCAUAAAUGCCCGCGCCACCACAUUGACCACCCGCUGCACGUAUUCUGGAGCCACAUCGACGGUCAGGGGGUCAUACCUGACACGACAAAGAACCACAAGCGAUAUGGAACUAAUUGGCUGAGUGUGUCGGAUCGUUGCGAACUUGAGGAAACGAUUCGCGAAUGUGGAGUCGUCACCCAGCGAAGUGGCGACUGCCUUGGUCACCGUCACGGCAGACCCCGACACGUCAAUCGACACCAACUGACAUCGCAAAGCAAAAAGACAUACACAUUACGAGGGACACACAUGAGCAAUGACCCCUUCUCCCAGCCACCUUUCUCCCCUUUUAUCGUCGGCUUACCGAAUCCUCCUCCGCGUUGCCCGACUUGAGCAGCGGUCUGAUGGCCUCGAGGCGCUCCAACUGGGCGGCCAUGUCAUCAAACGCCAAGGGGAUGAGCAUGCGGAUGGCAUUGACCAGCCCCUGCAGCAGCUGCUGCGGCUGCGGCUGCGGCUGCGGCUGGUGGUGGGCGGGUGGGGGUGGGUGCUGAUAGGGUUGUGGGGCCGGCUGGGGUUGGUUGUGGCCCUGUGAGGGUGGGGGUGGUGCAGUGUAGUUGGCGCGCCUCUUUGUGGAGGGAAUGUACAUGAGCAGCUCGACCCAAUACCUGAAACGCACAACCAGAGAAGCGACGUGUGUGGCCUGACACUUGCUAGUAUCGUCAUACGUGAAGGCCGCAUCCUUCUGUUUGGACGCCGGCAGCGCCACGUUCUCGAUCUGCUCGCCUUCGUACAUGAUGAGUUCACCCACCAACCUGAACACACACCACAUCAGCCAUCUCGUGACUGUUCGUUCUUGCCGUCCUCACCACUUGAAGGCUGGUCCGUAGCACUGAAUGAAGAUGCGAUUCUUCUCAUCUCGGAUAAAGGCGGCGUCAAAUUUGCCACAGAACAUCAGCGCCAGCACACUCCCCUUGGCCGCACACAGGGUGGACCGGCGGGCGCGGACCGUCUCGCCAGCCACGUUGAACUCCAGAACAUCGCGCAUCGACUCAGCCUGACAGCAAAACACACGCACAGUCUCACAGUGAGCAUCUGCCCUGGUGUCUAGCUCUCGGGAGGCGUACCGAGGGGGCAGUGAGGUCGCCUGUUCCGCCCAUCGCUCGAUCCUUUUCUAUGAUGGCGUUCCGCAGCUUGAUGAGCUCCUCUGUUACCCGCUGGCUGUGCUCGAUGGUGAUAUCGAGGAAGUUCUCCUCGCCCUCGCCGUUGGGGUGUCUGCGCUUCUGGGAAGGCUCCCGUGAACCUCCUGCCCCGAUCAUCCAGCUGUGCCCUCGCUCAGUGCUCGACCGCACGUCGCUGCAGCUGCCCUUCGCUUCUCUUUGCCGGCUGCCGAGUCUUUUUCGGCCGCGGGCGUGGCUGUCCUCCGGGCCGACUCCUUUGCCUCCAAGCUGCCGACUCCUGUGUCACAGAGCAAGGG